UGGAAAAAACCCCUGUUGUAGCCCCCUUGUUGAGGGGGGCAUACAUAAGCGCGCCUCAAUAGCUACUUAGUCAACGCGGGUCAAAUAUUUUACUAUUCUAUUGAGGCGGGCUUUUUUGGUGUUCGCUUCUACAGAAGCUGUUGAAGGGGGCUUUCCUUGCCCGCCUCAAUAGAGAGAAGCUGUUGAAGGGGGCUUUUAAUUGCCCGCCUCAAUAGGGUCCUUCUGUUGAAGGGGGCUUUUAAUUGCCGGCCUCAAUAGGCUACAUUAAACUUAAAUCAAUUACAACCACCGCCAAACAGAUAAGCUUCUCUUCACAGCUCGUCGUACUUCACAUCUCUUCCAACGCAUACCUAUCCUCACCGCGCGACUCCACCACCACCAUAACCACCACCACCACCUUCCUCACCGCGCGACUCCACCACCACCAUCUGAAGGAGAGUUUCCCCACCGUCGUCUUUCCUACCUUCGCGCGACUCCAUCUGUUUCACACAAUCGAUUUGUGAAGCUAGACUACUAAAGAGACUUAAUUACCCAGGAGCGACUGAAUUUGGGGUGGAUUUGUCUCAGGCCAACAUCUCAAUUCAACUUGAUGUUGGGAAGGGAGGAAAUAGUGGCUCAAAUGCUAUAGCACCCGUUGUAGAGGUGUAAACUUGGUGAAUGUCGUAUCCUCUUAUGUGAGCCAGGUUCCAAGCACAGGUUGCAGAAAUUGCAGUUGAAUUUUCCUAGGACCGUAGCUACCAUGGAUGAUCAUCGUGAUAAUGAAAUACAGGGAAUUGAUGGAGCUAGUCAUCCUACGGGGGAAUCACAAGGUACCAACACUAGUAAAAAGACCAAAUCCCGUGGUCCGUCAAAAGGAGUUCAAGCCAAAAAGCCUAUGCAUCUUCAGUAUAAUCAAUAUGGAAUCCCUGAUGGAGAAUGGUCAGGAGAAUACGGGAAGCAAGUUGGGUCUUGUGCUGCUAGAAUUAACAUUAAUGUGAAAGAAUAUUCAACGUUAGAUGAACACACAAAGAAGGGGUUUUGGGAGGAGACCAAGCUUCUGUUCCACAUUAUUGAUGAUCCGGCUAAAAGGAGAGAAAAAUAUUUUCAUAUGUGUGUGGCGAAACGCUUUGGAGCUUUCAAGUCCAGGUUAACGCGGCGUUGGAUAACUAAGAAAGAAAAAAUGCCGAAACAUCAGACAAAUGACAUGCCUUGGGACAUCUACCAUCAAAUCACAGAGGAUGAUUGGAAAACAUUUGUGAUAGAACGAAACAAGCCGGAGAUGUUGGUUCGUAGAGAAAAAGCAAGUAAAAGUGCAUUACAAAACAAGCACCCACAUCGCACAGGCCAAAAGGGUUAUGUUAGAAAGAGACCAGAGUGGAUAAAUGAUGGGCGACUACCGCCAGAGGCAGCUUUAACCCUCUCAAGUGGCUCCUCCUCAGUGACCUCAUCACUCACCACAGCGCCAGAUAGAUUUAAGAAGUUUAGAUCAGUAGAGUGGAUCUUGGCUCAUCAAGUUAAAAACAAAGAGGGAAAGUGGGAAGUUGACCCGAAUGAUAAAGAAGCCGUAAAUAUUGCUAAGAUGGCUUUGGAGUACAUAGAAGAAGAGGGAAAAGGAAAUAUUUCAUUCACCCAGGGAGAAGAUGCCCUCACCAAGGCUAUGGGAAAAAAGGAUCACCGUGGGCGUGUCAAGGCAACAGGUGGAGUUAAUGUCGGUUACAAAGUUGCUUUCGGUCCAAUAGACCGAAGUAGUAGAUGUGGCCAUAUUGAACCAUCACCGGAGGCUAUCGAAUCAAUCAGAGCUUCGGUGAGAAGGGAGUUUGAAGAUCAAUUAGAGAGAAAGGUGGCGGAGGCCCUCCAAAACCAACUAGCCACAUUGAAAGCAACCGGUCAACUACACACCCUCUCUACCCCCGCACUUGAUUCUGCUCUUGUAAGUGAUGAGUUUGAUGUUAACCGUGCACUCGUAACCUGUUGUCCGAGUUCAUCGCAGCAACCACGCGAGCUGAAGGAAUAUAUUCUCUAUAGUGCAUACACUCAAAACACCCCUAGCUAG